UAAAAACAGCACUUCUCUGGCGAGAUUUUGACCGUGGCUGUAUCUCUUCUAGCCACAAAUCUGCCCCUCUACUCUGGAAAAGCUCAAAGCACGUGACUCUUCUAGCUGGAAAGUAUGGCGGCGCCCUGUGCUACCCAAUGCUUUUACAAAGCAGACACACUAAUGGCGCCAAGCGUGCUGCACAAGCCCUGAAAAGUGAAAAACCGGUGGUGUCACGUCAUGAUUGACAGCUGUGAUAUGUGCAUUCUGCGAGAGCGAGGCCUUGAUUUCGCGGCUUUACUUCCUGCUCACUACUGCGCAGGACUGGUCCCGAAAUCGCUACUGCGCACACUCAAGACCCAAGAUGUCAGCGCCGUAUCGGGACACUGACGGCUUCACUUUUCACCAAUGGAAGAGAGUGAACAGGCGUCGUCCAUCUUUUUUUACAGUCUAUGAAUAGCGCUAUGAAUAUAUCCAGUGGAUCAAGGCUGCUACAAAGAGUAGGACAGCUGCCAGCUUACUACAAAAGUUCAUCUGGUGUCCAAUGCCCAUCUCGCCGAGGCUUUUUCUGGAAGAAGUCGAAAGGGUCCCAGAGCGUGGUCCGGCCUGCCAUUGUGCGUCCCUCUUAUGCUGUGCCUAAGCACAUCCAGAGGCCAGAUUACGUGUCAUCAAGCAAAGUUCCUGAGUGGCCAGAUUACUUAGAGAUUAAAGAUGAAGAGCAGAUUCAAGGAUUAAGAAGAGCAUGUCAGCUUGCCAGACAUAUACUGAUGCUAGCAGGGAAGAGUUUAAAGGUUGGUAUGACGACUGAUGAAAUAGACUUUAUAGUCCAUCAUGAAACAAUUCGUCACAAUGCCUACCCUUCUCCUUUACACUAUGGGGGCUUUCCUAAAUCAGUCUGUACCUCUGUAAAUAAUGUGGUAUGCCAUGGCAUUCCAGACAGUCGGCCAUUGCAAGAUGGAGAUAUCAUCAAUAUAGAUGUCACGGUUUAUCUAGAGGGUUACCAUGGUGACACCUCAGAAACAUUUUUGAUUGGUUCGGUAGAUGAACAGGCGAGGAAGUUAGUAGAUGUGGCUCGUCAGUGUAGAGAUCAGGCCAUUGCUGCCUGUGGACCAGGACAGCCAUUGAACGUCAUUGGCAACACUAUCAGCAAUAUAGCGAAUUCACAUGGGUUCUGUGUAUGUCCAUAUUUUAUCGGUCAUGGAAUAGGAACUUAUUUCCAUGGUCAUCCAGAGAUAUGGCAUCAUGCCAAUGACAACGACCUACAAAUGGAAGAGGGCAUGUCCUUCACUAUAGAACCUAUUCUUAUGGAGGGUUCCUCAGAAUUCAGGAUUUUAAGUGACAAGUGGACUGCUGUAUCUGUGGAUGAUAAAAGAUCGGCACAAUUUGAGCACACUGUGGUCAUCACUUGUGAUGGUGUGGAGGUUCUGACUAAACUACCGGAUGAAGGUUGACAGACAAGAAUCAUUUCAUCUGGAAGUGUGUGUAAAGGGAAAACUUGAAGUUUGUGUGCUAAUGGGUGUAAAUGAGAGUAAUAAAAAUUGUUAGUUAAAGUUAUUAAAAAACCUUGUUGUUUCUUAUUUUAAAAUACAGUAGCUUGACCAAGUCUUCUAAAACAUGGGUUUUGCAAUAAAUUUAACUUGAACUGGCACAUGAGUCCACAACACUUGUAUAACAAUAUACUCAUGGACGCGAAUGAGUCAUAAGCAACUACACAUGCAGAGACAUCAUUAUUUGGCAUAAAAAUCCCAGAAAGGGUCAGAACUACACGAUGGUCCUUUGACGCUGUGAACGACGCCCGGGACCAUUUGUGCGAAAUGAUGCGAUUUAAUGGGAAUGAGAAUGCUUUGCAUUGUGUGAGAAGUUUUGUGUGCACACGUGCCCAGAAAGCCGCAUCUCAGUUGUGAUGAGUAUAAAAGUGAAUCUGAACACAUGUAAUUUACUUUUGUAAAUUUAAAUUCCCUUUUCUCGCUUUUGUAAUAAUAAAACAAUAUUUGACUUACA